CAGAAGAUGGAGAUCCAUUUGCCCAGUGUGCCGAUGAUGAAACUCUUCUCCUAUCUGGAUGCCUUCACUUUGCUACAGGUUGCCCAAGUGAGCAAGAGCUGGAAUGCAGUUGCAAGCAGUGAUGUCCUGUGGAGGAAGUUGUGUCAGAAGAGAUGGCUCUUCUGUGACAAGGUCAACCCACACCUCCUGGGCACAGAGACAUGGAAGCAGUUCUUCGUUUACCGAACAUGGCAAGAACACACCAAGUCCCGGGCAAAACCAAGAGAUUUUACUUACAGGGAAAUUCCUGUGGAUUUUGGAGUUCAGGCAACUGCAUGCUAUAUCUCAGGACAUGGCUUAACAAGAAACGGACAAGGCAAGUCGGUUGUCUGUAUGGUGUCUUCCAUGACCAAGAUUUCCACCUGGGAUAUUCAGGAGGGCAUUAUGACUUGGGAAAGCCCUGUACAACCCACCAGAAUACUCCUGUUGACCACCCUCCCUGAGAUGCACAUUGCAGUCACUGUAGAUAUAGAAUCAACUAUCAAACUGUGGGACUGUCGGAACGGGGAAGCUCUGGCGAGUAACAAGCUGCCAUCUCCCUGUGUAUUACUGAAAGCUGUCGAUACCAAUGAUGGCCCCACUGUCUUGGCAAGCGAUAUCUCAGGUAACCUCCACAUCUUUAGCAUUCCCGAAUUAUGCUUCAUGUGCACAAUCAAUGUAUUCCUAUUCUGUAUUGAUGAAAUCUACUGCUCUCCUCAGAAGAAAUGGGUCUUUGUGAGUAAGAAACACCCACAUAUCUUCCCAAAGGUGUUUUUAAUGAGCAGCUUACUGAGGACAUCAGAAUUCUCUGCACCUGUGUGUACCAAUCUUAAUUUUUCAUUAUGCGAAAAAGCCUUCUGGACCCCAAGAAGGGAAGACAGGAUAACACUGAUGUACAAAAUUGGCCCCAAAAUAACCACAAAGUUUAUUACAUGUAAUAUGAAGCUGGAAACCAUCGGGAACCAAAUAAGUGUUAAAGCGUAUGUGGUAGCAAUGUUCGGGUUGCGAGAAGACUGCCUAGAAUGUAUGGGAGUCAGUGAUAAGGACGUGAUUGUUUGUUCAACUGUGUCCUCUCUCCUGCUCUUCAGCAUAAACGGUCUCCGUCUGCAGACAUUUCCAUACUGCUCAGAAGAGAUCUUGAGCCUGUGGGUGGACGCCAUUCAUGUCAUUGUCACCCUUCAUGAUGGCUCUUUGGAUAUGUAUGCAUGGGAGGAGAGAGGCCCACUGCUCAGGAGGUGUUAUCGGCUGCAGAACAGAUCUCUGCCACCGCAAAGUAACUUUAGCCAAAUGCUAUGUGAUGAUAUGAGCAUAAUUCGAGUGAUGACAACUGGUGCUUUCCCCAGGCUUCUGAUGGCAUAUACCUUGAAAUCUGAUCUUGAAAACUGA